UGGAAAUUUAUUGUUUAAUAAAAUUGUCAUCGUUUUCUCAUCUAAAAAGCACACACACACACACAGAUGGAAUGUCAGUCAUUAACAAGGGGGGUAAGCAAGAAAAUUUGUAAAAGGAAAGAGAAAGACGAUCGUAGAAACAGCGAUGUAGCUUGAAUGUAACAUUGAUGACGCUUUUAUUAUUCAAAAUAAUUUCUAUAAUCAUAUUGUUUCACACAUGGGAUAACUAUAUGCCGCUAGCCAUUGUACUCUAUAGUUUCUAAUAUCGAACGAUACUCUUUUCAUUUCUGAAACUCGAUGUCUUUAAAGUUUAAAGCUUUUGUUUUCCUUUGUGCUUAGUUCGAUUCAUUGUUAUGGCGCUAUGAAUUCCUUUGACGAGCCGCGUAAUUGCUCGUGGUAUUGAAUCGGGAGUUCACCAUGAAACUCGGUCGUGACAUAGUUUCUGAUCAACCUUGAACUAUUCUAGUCCGACCAUAAAUUUCCAUUUCCACUUGAUCGGCCCUAUCGUGCUGCUUAUUAAUUAUUAACAAAUCGCUAAACAUUUCGAGUCAAUACUCGAUUAAUCACGAUUAAUCUGUUGGCCCGUUCAAAUUUAUUAUCUCUGCAUAAAAUUUAUUGUCUACAACUGAUAGAAUCGAAUAAUAAGGGUUGACAUUGAUUAAUGGCCGAAUGGAUUUGAAUAUUUAAAAAUCUUCCUGCAUGCAAUUUCACGAUUACCAAGGAUUGCGUGUAUCUAUCGAGCCAUUCACCAAUUAUCGAGGGCUGCCACGGAAACCAAAACGAAAUCGUUCGUUAUUUUCGCGCAGGCGUCGUCCGCGUUGCGACGUCUCUCGCCAGGAGAAUGUGACCGUCGAAUGCUCUUCCAUUUGUUGAGCAAUUUUCUUACCAUUUGCACCUACCAUACACACUAAUAAAUCAUUUAUAUUUAGAAUAUUCAUUGAUACCUAAAAUAUAGCGAUAUUCGCCUUCCAUGAAGGUCACUUGCAUCCCCUUCUAACAUCAACGAAUUUUGAGCCACGUAGAAAAAUCAAAUAUCCGAAAAAUAUUCUAAAAACGAAGGAUGUCAAGAUUAUUAAAUUCUGGUAUCAUAAAAUUCACGAAUAAAUUUCAUACACUUCGAUGUAUUUGUUAUAUUACGCGAAUUAUUUAGAUAAUUUUUUUUAAAGGGUGUUUGAUCGAAUAAGUGAAAUAUUCGAAUUAUUGGAGGCGUUGGAAAGAAUGUUAUAGUAGCUUUCAAAAAAGGAAAACUUUAAUACGUAGCAGGUACCGGUACGUGUCCUUUUUCCCCAUCUUUCAGCCGGGAUGCCUACUUGUUGCGGGGUCGGCUGUUAUUGAUUAGUGGAGAAAGAGAGAAGGAACCAGAGGGAGACGAACGUUCCUCCACAGACAUGAAUGGCUGUGGUCCACAGAGCCAGAUUUUGAGCUUGACCCGGAUUCGUCACGCUGGAGUUCACGCUACCUUCACUUUCGUUACUCGCGUUUUAAGCAUAGCGUGAAAAAUCGAGAGUGAACAGUGGCGACCAGCCGAGCUCAGCUUCAUCGCUAUCAAACGACAUCAGGGGACGGUAUACUUAAGCAACUUCGAGCAAGGAAAAAAUAUCUCUUUUCAACCGCAACCAUCAAUCUCAAAAAUAAAACCAAUUCUCCAAAAUAGCCACAUCAAACCAUCAAACUAAAGAUCAAGCGUUUCAACGCAGUAACAUCAUUAUACAAUUUAUCUUCUCUUAAAACAGAUUCAAAUAAAAGCAGAGAAUUUUCCAAGGAACAGGUAGAGACGCCACGCUCAAGGAAACAAUUUCCUUGCGAACAAGGCCGUCAUCAAAUAGGCUAAUAUCCACGUCUGCCUGUAGGAAAUGCAAUUAACCCCCCAUCGGUCGCGUAAUCAACGAUCUCAGGAUACUGGUAACUAGGUGACAUUUAAAAAUCCGUGGGAAGAAAGGAGAAGAAGAAGAAGAAAGAAGGGAGAGGUCCUUCGGAGGACCUACGGGUCGCACAGGCGCAGCUGCGUUCCAGUCUCACCCCUAAAGAGGGUGUGCGAGUGCGCAAUGAGGGUUGGCCUGGCCCGAGGGAACGUAGGCUCGGCGCAGUCGAGUGGCUUUGGCCGAGUACGAGCGGCGUUUUCGCGUUUGUCGCUCGAGUUCCAUUCACGAAAACGACCUGUUCGAACAACCACCCCCUCGUGUGCCUGUCGGAGGAAGGGUUAAGGCGUGCUUGAGCCACUUGUGUCGGGUUGAAGUCGGGUUGAACGCGAGAAAUCGAGAGACAAGAAGGUCGAACCGCGGAUACAGGCGUGUCUCUUCCGUACGGUUGCUCGAUUUCACGUACCUCGACUGUCAGUAAGGGUACCUGGAAGAGGAUAAGGGGUAGCAGAGCCUGGAAUAGUUCAUUUUGGGUUAACGUACCACCGAUUCAUAUUUUUCUUUUCUUCUGUAAGAUCGCUGAUUGUUUUCUUCGAGUGGAAAGGAGAAAGAGAUGCUGUAGCGUGAACACCGUGGUAGACGGGUCGUUAUUACGCGUGUAUGGUGGAUUAUGCGUGAUCGUAGAAACGAGGAAGUGAGGUAAAAGUGUUUUUUCGGGGCAAAAGCGGGCCGGCGAGCGAGGGGGCUCCGGGACUCGAGCAACAGGAAAAUAUCAGCUCGAUGCCGGAGGCGUCAGGGUCAGAAGUGGCCGAUGAGUCGGAUUAUUCGAUUUUCGAGAAUAAGACCGGCUUGGCCGAGGACAUGAAGUUUCUGGCUAGCAUGCCGGAACUAUGCGACGUGACCUUCCUCGUCGGUGAAACAAAAGAGCCUAUUUGCGCUGUGAAGGCUGUUUUAGCAGCCAGAAGUAGGGUGUUUCAAAAAAUGUUUUACCAAGCACCCAGUCCACAACGUAAAAAGGAACCACCGCCGAAGGAAAACAAGAUCCGACUGUUCCUGAAAAGAAGCUCGGAGCCGCUGCUGAAUCUGCAAAACGCAGCGCAACAGCCGAAUCAACAUCAGACCGUAAUCAUCGAGGAAUUCGAGCCCGAUGUGUUUCGUCAGCUGAUCGAGUACAUUCAUACUGGAUGUGUGACGUUACAACCUAGAACUUUAUUAGGAUUGAUGAAUGCCGCCGAUUAUUAUGGAUUAGAACAGCUGAGAAAAGCUUGCACUGGAUUCGUACAAUGUUGUAUUACAGUGGACACUGUGUGCGCUUUAUUGGCGUCGGCAGAACGAUACAUUCAGUACAAGUGUACAAAAUCCCUGGUCCAUAAGGUAUUCGAAUUCGUCGACGAACAUGGCAACGAAGUGUUGAAUUUAGGAUCCUUCACACUGCUCCCCCAACAUGUAGUUCGCUUAAUCCUGGCGAGAGAAGAGUUACGAGCCGAUGAGUUCACCAAGUUUCAAGCGGCCUUGAUGUGGAGUAAGAAGUAUUGCGACAGCAAUCAAAAUCUAGAGCUGAAAGACGUGAUUGGCAAUUUCCUCGAGUACAUUCAGUUCCAUAAGAUCCCUGCGAACGUGCUGAUGAGAGAAGUUCAUCCUCUGGACUUGGUGCCUUCGAGGAUCAUAGUGAACGCGUUGGCCUAUCAGGCAGACCCGGCAAGCGUCGAUCCCGGACACCUGUCCCCCCACAGAGUAAAGCACCAGGACCGUAGUUUGUCGGUGCAAUCAUCUCUACAGGACCAAUUCGGCAGCAACACAUCGCUAAGCUCGACUGGGUCUGACGAGGGGUCCGACGAGAAGCAGCAUUCAGGUAAAUACGGCAUAGCAGAGCAGGAGAUAAGGGAGCACGAACGAUGGCCGAAGCAUCGCUCUUCCGAAGAGGAGGAUAUACAGCGGUUGAUCGAGCAACGGAGUCAGUAUCAAUCGAUGAGGCAAGAGGAUACGCUGCAACGACAGCACGAUGAACAGCUGAUCAGGAAGCAGGAGGAGGAGCUAAGGAGACAGGAGAUGCAGGAAGAGUUCGAGAGGAGGCAGAAAGAACUGCAAAAGAAGAAGAAGCAGGAGGAGGAGUUGAGAAAGCAAAAAGAGCAGGAGAAGCUGAAGAAGCAGCAGGAACAGGAGGAGUCGAAGAAGCAACAGGAGCAGGAGGAGCCGAAGAAACAACAGGAACAGAAGGAGCCGAAGAAACAGCAGGAACAGGAGGAGCCGAAGAAACAGCAGGAACAGGAGGAGCCGAAGAAACAGCAGGAACAGGAGGAGCCGAAGAAGCAGCAAGAACAGGAGGAGCCGAAGAAGCAGCAGGAACAGGAAGAGCCGAAGAAGCAGCAGGAACAGAAGGGACUGGAGAGAGAACAGGAAGAAGAGUUGAAGAAGACGGUGAAAGAAGUCGAGGAUGUGACGAAGAAGCAAAAGGAGGAAGAGAUUAAUCGACGGAGCCUAGAAGAAGAGAAGCAGGUGGAAGAAUUGAAGAAGCAGGAAGAAGUUAAAAAAAAGGAGGCUUCGAAGGAAGAAAAACAAGAAGCAGAUUUAGAGAAGAAGCAAGAAGAGGAGAAGGAGAAGGAGAAGAAGGAACAGCAGCUGGAAAUCCAGAAAGAAGAUGAAGAGAAACAGAAACAUCGAGAGGAUAAACGAGAAUUACAGCAACCGGAAGAAUCGCAGAGCAAAGAAAAGAUUGAAGAAGAAAACGAAUCAGAGGAACCAAGCCUAUCGAAUCAGGAAAAAUCACAGCGACAACUGGAAGAAGAGGAACGAAUAAGAAGGGAGCAGGAGUUACUAAAGCAGCAGAAGGAAAAGGAACAACGAAGAAUUCGCGAGGAAAGAAAACUGCAACUACAGUUGCAGGAACUAAAAACUCAAUGGGCAUCGGAGGAAUUAACAAUGUACAAGCAGGAAGAAGCCUUGCAACGACAGAUAGAGAACCUGAGAUACGAGGAGCAAUGGGAGAGUCGACAAUUCCAGCAGAUGCAGUUGUAUUUGGAAGGUCGGAAGCCUGAGGCGGAAAAGAAACCAGAAAAGCGGCAAACAACGGAACGAAAGAAGGCGGAAAAGAGGAAAGACGAAAGAGUAGAAAUUAGGGUACAUGGGGCGGAAUCCCCUAAACAGGAAGACCCCGCCGUAACUGGUUUCUACAUAAAGUUAGUGGUGAGGCAGGAAGGCAGGGCGAAUUUGGUUUGGUUGUUCAAAACGCACAAAUUUUAAAUGGUUCUCGAUUCUCGUUAUCCUCUACUCUGGUUUUAUACGCUGUUGACAUUUUAUAUAAUAAUUAACGAAUUAAUUUUCUCGCUGGAAGAGAAUUGUUUCAGAGUAUGGCUAUUCCUAUUGUUUGAGUUGUCUCGCCAGAGAUUUCUGUAUAACGAAUCGUUGUGUUUUGCGAGGAACAUUCUUAGUACAUUAACGUUUCUUUAUCGUUGGAACCGUAUACAGGUAUUUAUGAUAAACGCGGGGACGUUCACUCAUGGUGGUUGUUAAUAAAACCGAAUCUCCAUCUACAGUCAGUCAGUAAAAAAGUCCACCUCUGUAAAUGAUUGUAGACGAGGUACGUGCUCAUUAAAGUGAUUUAAUAGGUCAUACUAUACUACUACGAUAAUCGUACGAUUAUUUUAAGGAUACUCUUAAUUUGCGUAGUACGUGGGUUGUAAUUGAACGCGAAGAGUUAUUUCAGUAACACACUGCUCAAGAUGAUUAGAAAAUUGCGUACACGAAUCUAUUUAUUCCUAACGAAAUUUGAUUAUUUUCUAUGCUAAGUACACGGUAUCCUUUUACGUUUUCAGCGAUUGAUUUAUACGGAAAAAUUAUCGAAGGAACCGGCGAAGUAAUUCUCCGAUUGCUUCGAACAGUAUAUCAGCAUCAAAACGCAAAAUGUUAUCGAUACUGAUUUUGAGAGUGUUAUUUUACAACUGACAUCUUAACGACUACUUAUAUACGAUAAUUUACACGCGUUGCCUGCCUGUGAAUUCCCAACCAUUUCUUCGAUCUAAUCAUUAUCAAUUAUAUGGUGUCACGCGACGGCGGAGAACACGACUUUCGUCGACAUCAAUCAAUUCUCGCUUUCCCAUUAAACCACUACUUCAUGAUACUAUACUUAUUGCUCCGUCGACUUUUCUACUAUUCUCGUAUUAUUAUUAUGGCGAUCUACUAUCGCAGAUCGAAAAGGUCUACCCGAUUUUUUACCAAGCAUCUCGAACAUUCAUUCGAUCACUGCACAGGAAGAGGAGGAAGUAGAAGAUCUGUAUCGUUUAUUAUGAAAGAGAUUUUAACGUUCGUACGAAAUGAAAAAUAAAGUAUGCACAGUACGCGUAUAACUAUCGUAGACAUAUUUGCAAGAAUGAAGACCAGCAAAUGAGCAGCUAAUGAGAAAAUUAAGAAGUAUCUAUGUAGACGUUAUUGUUGAACUCUUUUACAAGGAAAAGACUACAAAUUAUAUACAUAUACAUAUAUAUAUAUAUAUAUAUAAACACAAGAGAAUAUAUAUACACGAUAUCUAUAUUUGACACUAUAUUAAAAAAAAAAAAAGAAAAACAAUUGAUAUCGCUUAUGGGCGAGGUGUUCGAGAGCUGUGGUCGAUGAUUUGACAAUGAUAAAUAAUUUCAUAAAUUGUUACUAGAAUCUUACUAUUAGUUCUAUGCUUCGGACUUUUAAAACGAAUGUUUGAAAUGUGAAAAUGAACGUUUCUAAAAAAUGAAUCUUGACAAUGAUGUACCUUCGAACAAAAAUCGACGUUCUUUCGACGAAAAUUGUCGAUUUUUAUUUGCCACGAUCUCUUAUUUUUCUACUUCAACGUUUUCAUACGACUUACUUACUUACUGUAUCCCGAAUAAUAUAAUUUCGCUCGCACGGAAAUGUAAUUCUGCUGUUACAUUGCAGCCGCUUUUUAUCACGAUUACGAUCGACAAUGAUAAAAGUACAGUACGGUUAAUAUACAACAAUUUUACACGGGUGUGAAGCUGUAUAAUCGUGCUGCUGACUCGCAUCCACUUGCGUGCUUGCAACGAAAAAUUGUUUAUGAAACUGUGAAUACACAAAGUAGUAGUAAGUAAUGUUUAACGUGCAACAGGAGGAAAAGUGUUUUCGACGGUAAUUUCGAAUCGUUCGAUUCGGCUAAAUAUUCAUAACGCGCUUUCAAUCUCGAAAGCAUUGCUGAUUUAAUAUUUUCUAUUCCAUUGCCACGCUGUCACGACUUUUCCUAUUUCAUACAACAAUCGGUGAUUGUGCUUUUCUUCAGUUCUCGAAAUUCUUUAUAAUUUCGAUUAUAGAAAGUAGUAAUAAGUAAUACGAUAGAAUAACAAAUUUCCAAUUGAAUUUGCCAAAAAUUUGUCAGAGCGACAAAUAGCGCUACGAUAAAGCGGAUUAUUCGAUUUCUUGCUGUGAACAUUCUUCUUCCUAACUGCCGCACCUAAGCUAAUCGUUUAAGCAGCGGAGACGAAGCGGACUAUCAUCUAUUAAACGUUGUUGAUCGAUGUAAUACUCAGCAUUGGUACAAAGCAGAACGACGGAUCACUUGAUUCGCCUAACGCUAAACCCUUCGUUCAUGCAGACGGGAAAUGAAACUAUUUGAAUCUCGACGUAAGUUGAUUUAUAUCAUAUAAAAAUUUAUGCCGAGUUAGUUGCUACCAACUCGUGAAACGAUGCGCAAUUUGUUCGUAUAUUGCAAUCAAGCAAACAAACGGUGUACCUAUGUAAAUUGUAUAAUAUUGUGAUUACCAUUCGUAUCCUCUAUACUAUCGCGAAAUUUCUUCGAAUAAGUAAUUUAUUAAUUACCGUAUCAUUUUCCGAGAGUUUCUCAGAAUUGAAACUUCCUAUCACGAGUUAAUUUAUCGCCAAUUAAUAUCAUCCAAGAUUCCUUCAUCUUACUCUUUGUGUAUUUGAACAGUGGCAAAAGAAUCGUUCGAUACUUAAACAAUUCUUUGUUAUUUAGAUUUAUAACGACAGUAUUAAAAUACCUCGUGUCGAUGAUACAAGAUCAUUCGAAGAGGAUUUUGACGAUAGUCUCACACUGUAUGUAUCGUGUACAGUUUGCUGGAACGAUUUGGCACGAGCGCGAUAAUCAUGCUUAAAAUCAUCAGUGAAAAGAUACGAAGCAAAACGAGGAUCUUGUGUUAACGAUAAUAAAAGAGCUAAUUGUUGAUCUGUGUGAAAACUUGACGCAAUUUCCUGCAACCACUAGAACGCAAUCGAAGACGAAUUUUAAGUUUAGUCAUCGAAGAGGAAGUACUACUACUAAAAAUAUAAUGAUUUCAAGAAACUUGAAACCUCGCAAGCACUACCUUUUCGUUUAAUACUUCAAACUAUUUGGAAUCGAAGAACAACACGGCUGAAGCAUCGUUAUGAUCAUGAGCUUUCCACGAAUCUUUUUCAUAAUCGUGUCAGACGGUCGUGUAUCAUAAUAUCGCAUAAUUAUUAAACAAAUCUACGGAAACAAGGAGAAGGAAAAUACCGCAUCGAUUUCGUCGUUCUCCUUUCGUACAGCGUUGACAAUACUUUAAUCGUACGACACAUAUGUUCCCUAUCUCAGGCUAAACGUAAAAUGAUAAAAGUACAUAUAUAGAAUUAUAAUAAAAUAAUAGAAAAUCGUAAUCUGUAAGUGUACUACUGCUUUGCCCAAAAAGGUUGUGAUUCACUGGGUUUUUUUUUUUUUUCACUAAGGAAACAUUUUCACGAGUAAGUAACAUUUUCUCCAUUCACAGACUUGUAAUUAACUAAAUAUUAGUUAUUUUCUUUGCAUCGAUACGAUUACUACAUCAUUCUAAAUUUGUUAAUCCUCCACUCAAAUUAUUCUGUACAUUUUAAAAUAAUUUACAUACGCUUCGUGCGAGACUGAUUCCACGAUUAACUUCUGCUCAAUUUAUAUCGUUUAUUCAUUUCCCUACGAAAAAUUUGUCUUUAUCUCUAUAUAGUCUUUCAAUAACAACAGCAUUGGAAAAUCGAGGCAUGAAAAUCGAUGUCACACCUUUCUCGACAACAAACAUUAAUUCAGUGAACGAUGAAAUUGAUUUUUCAAGAGAAAGUAUUCGACGAAUUAUCAAACACACUUUGUAUAAAUCACAAAAACGACAAAUACACCGAAACAAGAGAAAAGAUCGACAAACGUAUAAAAUAUUGUUGUUUAUUCGACACGAUGAAAUCUUAUUUCUGCCAAUAGCUGUAAGAAGAAAACUGUUCGAUAGAACUGUACAAAGCUCAGUGGUAUUUCAAUGAUGAACAGGUGUGGAGGAAAUUGCACGUUGUCGAUGAUAAUCGCAUAAAAAAGGAGAACAACGGAACCGGGCAUCAAACCGUGAAGCUAAAUCGCAGCCGUCACUGUCGGAGAAUUGUAUUUUACUAUCGUCACGUUGUACGCGGCUCAGUUGCAUAAGUGUCAAGAGUAUAUUUAUGAAUGUGGUGUAGUCUACUUAAUCAGUGUAUCGUUGUCUGUCCGUGCGCAUCGUUACUUCUGCUGUUUUGUACGUAAGGUGUGCGUAAAAAAAAAAAACAAAAAAUUAAUUAAUAAACAAUGAUAUGUCGUUGAGUAGCCUAAGGGCGUUAACUACCUGUUACAGUGUUACCAUCGAUCCCACCGAGAUUCAGUCGAUCCGAUCGAGACAACUAUCUUCUCAAUUUUUGUUUCGAUUGUUUCGUCAAAAUUUUUAUCUAAAAAAUGAUCCAUCAUUUUUCUACAUUCUGAAUUUUUCUACAUUCAUAAAUUUCAAGCAACUUUUGUCAAAUUUUCUUUCCAUUCUUACAACUUUCUGGCAUAUUCUUGUUAUAAGCGGAGAAACGUUGCGAUUCGAUCGAUGAGUUUAACGGUGAUCGGUGCAAUUCUAUCUAAAGUUCGAUCUCUAUCAUGUUGUGAUAUUCUGUAGCCAAAUGAGUUGAAAUAAAGGGAGAAGAGCGUGAUGUCAAGGAA